AUGACGGAUUUUGUUGAAACAUCAAGCGAGGAAGUCAAUGAAGUGAAAGAUGCACAGCCCACUUUCUCUAACCCGGAAUUCCAGGCAAAUUACUUCUGCAUACUUCAUGUAGGAAGAAGAGAGCAAAUAAACAUGAGAAAACCUGGAGUGAUAAUGCUCACUAUGCAGUCAUCCGUGGCAAUCAGAUCGGCCUUUUCCCUCCAUACACUUCCUUCUCCUCAGAGUUUCCACAUUGAAACUAAAGAUCAUCGAACGCUCUGUCGGAUUCUCGAAUCUUGCAAACACUCUUCGGAUUUUAAAAUUGUUAUGGAAACCCAUGCAAGAAUUGUUAAACUCGGUUAUGGAACUUACCCAUCUGUAAUAGCUUCUUUGGUAUCAGCUUAUAAGCAUUGCGAUAGGUUGAAUCUUGCCUAUCGACUUCUAGAUGGAGUUUGGAACUUUAGGUUGGUGAGUUUGAACAUAAUUAUUGAAAAUCUUAUGAAAAUAGGAGAAUGCGAUAUUGCCAAGAAGGUAUUUUGUAAAAUGCCUAACCAAGAUGUGGUAACAUGGAACUCAAUGAUCGGAGGUUACAUUAAAAAUGAGCGCUUUGAGGAGGCGUUAAGAUUCUUCAAAGAGAUGCUUAGCUCAAAUGUUGAACCAGAUAAGUUUACAUUUGCAUCGAUUAUUACUGGGUGUGCUCGGCUUGGAGCUCUUAGUUAUGCUCUUUGGGUGCACAAUGUGAUGAUUGAGAAAGGAAUUGAACUAAAUUUCAUUCUGAGCUCGGCACUCAUAGAUAUGUACUCAAAAUGUGGCAGAAUUCAAACAGCGAAAGAAGUUUUCGAUAGUGUUGAACGUAGUGAUGUCUCUGUUUGGAAUGCAAUGAUUAGUGGGCUAGCAAUUCAUGGACUUGCUAGAGAUGCCAUUAAUAUUUUCUCAAAGAUGAAGAUGGAAAAUGUUUUACCUGAUUCUAUAACAUUUCUUGGACUUUUAACUGCAAGUAGUCAUUGUGGUAUGGUUGAAGAGGGUCGCAAGUAUUUUGAUAUUAUGCAAAGUCAAUACUCAAUUCAGCCACAACUUGAGCAUUAUGGAGCCAUGGUUGAUCUUUUAGGUCGAGCUGGACAUGUCGUAGAGGCGUAUAGCAUAAUAACUUCAAUGAAAAUGGAGCCAGAUGUGGUUAUCUGGAGGGCCCUUCUUAGUGCUUGUAGAACAUACAAAAAACCCAGUCUUGGAGAAGUUGCCAUUGCAAAUAUAACUAGUCUCAAGGGUGGGGAUUAUGUGCUGCUAUCAAAUAUGUAUUGCUCCUUAAAGAGAUGGGAUAGUGCAGAGAGAGUAAGAGAAAUUAUGAAAAAGGAAGGCGUUCGUAAAAAUCGCGGAAAGAGUUGGUUGGAGUUAGCAGGUGUCAUUCACUGGUUUAAGGCAGGUGAUAGAUCUCAUCCUGAAACAGAAGCAAUAGAGAAAGUAUUAGGAAGUUUGAUACAAAGAACCAAGUUGGAGGGAUUUCUGCCUGCAACGGAAUUGGUUUUGAUGGAUGUUUCUGAAGAGGAGAAGGAGGAAAAUCUGUAUCUUCACAGUGAAAAGGUAGCUUUGGCCUAUGGUAUCCUAAAAACUAGCCCAGGCACGGAAAUUCGGAUUUCAAAAAACCUCCGAAUCUGUUAUGACUGUCAUAGUUGGAUAAAAAUGAUUUCAAGGCUAUUAAAUAGAGUAAUUAUUGUGAGGGAUCGGAACCGUUUUCACCAGUUUGAAGGUGGUUUAUGUUCUUGUGGAGACUAUUGGUAGUCAAUAUAGAUCUCUUGAGCAGAGCGUCCACCGGGUCACAUUUCAACAAGCAACUAAUGAGAACUUCUAUGCUUCCAGUACAAAUUUCUGUUCUAUACCUAUUUGACAAAGAAAUGCUUGUUUUUCUAAUGAAUCCAAGGAAAACUGAAGCUCUUAGUCUUGAUUAUUCUUCUAGAUGGCUGAGACCUACAAGUAUUUGAAGGUGCUGCCAAGCUGUUUUUCUUAGCCACUUCUCAAACCCCACCUCUUUUGCGGAAAAGGAUGAAGUACCAAAGGUUGCAAUCAAGCAAUACUUUUGCAUCACCAGACCAGGAACAUGGAUGAAUGGGCUAUUUUGUUAUGCUAAUGAGCUCAGACCAUGCAAUACUAAUGCAUCGCCACAAAACAAGGAUACUCUUAGAAU